CUGAUAUUCAUCAUCAGCUGACAAGACGGAGCGGGUGGAUCUGUCUAGCACCAUCACCAUCACCAUGCCCGGGUCCAUCAUCAUAGCCAAUGGCAAGAGCGAAGACGUGAAAUCAGUGCAGCGAACCGAAACCUUCACGGGCGAAGUAUGGAGCCAGAUGGUGGCAACGUCCGGAAACGUGGCAAUGGGCAGCAACGUUUUCAUGCCAUGCUCCAGAACUCACUGGCAUACCCAUGAAGGCGGCCAGAUGCUCCAUGUCACCGUCGGGUCUGGUUGGAUCUGUGAUAAGGGAGGGGAGCCUCGCCGCAUCAAAGCAGGCGAUGUCAUAUGGGCUGAACCAGGGACGACGCAUUGGCACGGCGCUGACAAGAACAGCUUCAUGUCACACCUAGCUGUGGGAAUUGGCCAAACGACAUGGCACGAAGAGGUUGUGGAUGAUCUCUACAAGAAUUAG